GGAAAAUCAAAACUCCGAUAGGAGAGAGUUUCACCAUGAUCAGCAUUCUCGCUCAGGAACGUCUUCUUGGUUUCACUCUUGGCACCGCUUUGACGGGAUUCGUCGUUUUUGAGCAGCGAAAACUCAUCCAUGACUCUGUUUCUGAUCCUAAAUCUCAAUCCGUUGAUCAAUCUCAGGUGAGAGAUCGUAUUUUCGGGAAGAAAUAUCGUAUGGAAUUUGCGUCUCUGUGGAACAAAGCUGUGGAUCAGACUUUUGAACCUGCAAUUGAGUAUCUUAGUUCUCGUAAAUGGUAGAGAUGGAUAAGUUCUUUGCUGAAUAUGUGACUCGUGGAUUCGAUUGUUGUCAUGUUCUUGAUAACUACGAGUUUGAGAUGUAGACACUCAGUUGUAUGAAGACGUUAUCUGAACACAGCUCUAUUCUUGUUUUGUCUACUUUCUUGAGAAGAGAAUUGUUGUGGUUUACUGAAAAUGUGAACAAAAGCUUAUUAUUGUU